UGUAAACAGACAAAUGUCUUUCUUUGCUUGCAUCGGCAAAACCAGCCGCCAUUACUUCUUCUUGUAAUUCGUAAAAAAUAGUGCAUUUUUUAUAUUUAUUUGAAUAUUACUAAGUGCCAACGCUAUGUGGACGUUCUUCAUCACAGGACGGUGUGCAUUUUCGGGGAGUAGACCAAAGCGCAUGCUCAGGAUCGUUCAUCAUCUUCGACUACCGCCAGCUCUUCCGACGACAACAACAGUGAGUGCAUCAAAGACAUUUACUCCGCCUCGGCAGAACACCACCUGGUUCGAUUCUUCGGUAUCAAUUGCAUUGAGCACCAUUAGGAUAUGGAUUAUCCCUUCCGGACGAUAUUUCUACAAGGCAAUUAUGGAAGACAGCUUGAAGCCAGCCCCGAUACAGCUGGGUGGAUUAGUAAAAGUGAUCGCCAAUGAACAAUGAGCAUUCCUAGUGCGAUGGA